CACAACCAGGAUCUACAGCAGCGACAUCGGGAUGUCAUUCGGGCUUGAGAAAUGUAGUCGGAUGGUGACUAAGAGAGGAAAGGUAGUCCGCACUGAAGGGUCUCACUCCCUGAAGGAACAAUAGCAGACAUUGAGGACAGCUACAAGUACCUUGGUAUACCACAAGCCAAUGGCAACCUCGAACUGGCAGCAAGGAAAGCGGCUACGGCCAAAUACCUCCAGCGAGUGAGGCAAGUCCUAAGAAGCCAGCUCAAUGGCAAGAAUAAGACCCGGGCAAUAAACAGCUAUGCCCUGCCAGUGAUCAGAUACCCUGCAGGAAUAAUAAGGUGGCCAAAGGAAGAGAUUCAGACCACGGACGUUAAGACCCGAAAGCUCCUAACCAUGCAUGGAGGGUUCCAUCCCAAAUCCAUCACCCUGAGACUGUACGCAAGCCGAAAGGAAGGAGGCCGGGGACUAGUGAGUGUGAGAGCCACUGUCCAGGAUGAAACAUCCAAGCUCCAUGAAUACAUCAAGGAGAAGGCUCCAACGGAUGACGUACUCAGAGAAUGUCUCAGACAAUGGGGAACAGAAGAUGAGGCGCUGGAAGAGGGACCAUCAUGGGAGGACAAGCCCCUACACGGGAUGUACCACCGGACCAUAACUGAGGUGGCUGAUCUCAAGAAGUCCUAUCAGUGGCUAGAGAGGGCUGGCCUGAAGGACAGCACAGAGGCACUCAUCCUGGCUGCUCAGGAGCAGGCCUUGAGCACCAGAGCCAUCGAGGCCCAGAUAUACCACACCAGACAAGCCCCAAGGUGUAGGUUGUGCAAAGAGGCACCUGAGACGAUCCAACACAUAACUGCAGGGUGUAAGAUGCUGGCAGGGAAAGCCUACAUGGAACGCCAUAACCAGGUGGCUGGCAUAGUCUACCGAAACAUCUGUGCGGAGUAUGGACUGGAAACCCCAAGGUCAAAAUGGGAAACACCUCCGAAGGUGGUGGAGAAUGACAGAGCGAAGAUCCUGUGGGACUUCCAGAUCCAGACUGACAAGAUGGUAAUGGCGAACCAACCAGAUAUCGUGAUCAUAGAUAAAGGGCAGAGGAAAGCCGUUGUAGUGGAUGUAGCGGUCCCAAGUGAUGGAAACAUCAGGAAGAAGGAACAUGAGAAACUCGAGAAAUACCAAGGGCUCAGAGAGGAGCUGGAGAGAGCCUGGAAGGUAAAGGUGACAGUCGUGCCUGUGGUGGUCGGAGCACUCGGGGCAGUGACCCCCAAACUAGAUGAGUGGUUGCAACAGAUCCCGGGAACAACAUCGGACAUCUCAGUCCAGAAAUGUGCAGUGCUGGGAACAGCAAGGAUGCUGCGCAGAACCCUCAAGCUUCCUGGCCUGUGGUAGAGGACCCGAGAUGAAUGAGGGACGGACACCACCCGA